UCGCAGUGUAAGAUAAACAAAUUCGAUUGGUUCAGGGGAGUAUUAACCCAGGCAGAUAUUCAACCACUGGGUCUUUUCACAGAUCUUUUGACGGAGUUCGCGACCUCAGUACAGAACACACCGUCUGGAAUAACAGAGGCUCUUAGCCGAAUAUUUACAUUCUAUCAACUUGAUUUCUCAUUACAUAUUCAUGAAAUUUGUUGCUACUUGUCUGAGAGAGAUUUGAGAUCAGUCUCGCUCUAAGCAAAUAACCGAAACUCUUCCUUGUCGUGUUGUGCUGGUAAAAAGGAAGAAGAGAAUUUUCAGGAUUGAAAUGUCAGUAGAGUGCAGUUAACGAGAUGCGGAACAGUGUUGAUUCGUAUCGUGACAUGUGGAGAUACUUGUUGCUGGCAUUAGCCUUCUUCCAGUGUACUCGACUCUCAUUGGCCGAGAGCGAGUCAUGUGAUGAUGGCGUGCUCAAAGUGGGAAAGAUCUGCGUGGGACAAUGCCUCACUAAUACGACAUGCCGCUGUACGGCAAUCACGGGCUCAUCGAUAGAGCACUGCGAAGAGUACUGUUUAGCGGUCAAGUGUCCCGACAUUUAUUGCAAAGGAGGGAAAACAUGCAGGCAAUAUUGCGGACAAGGAGUGUGUGGCAUGCAAUGUCUCGCCAACGAGGAAAGUUGCGUGCAGAAUUGCACAGCCCCUGGACAGUGUGAGGUGCUUAUGUGCUCUGCCAAAAGUUGCACCCAGAGUUGCGCCAAUUGCACAAUGGUAUGCACCGCCGAAGUGGAAAGUUGCAAGCAAUAUUGCACGGGUGGUAGCUGUAAUACGACGUGUAACGCGCGGAGUUGCCGUUGCGGGGAAGCAAGCGAUUGUGAUGCAUCUACAACUAAGCCGCCAUCGACAGACAAGUCUCGCUGCCUGACGAACUCGCUGCUCAGUUUAUUUAUGCGUUUGCUUGUUGCUGUACUACUGAGUCUCGUCUUGUAGAUAGAUGCAGUUAGGACGCAACCAAGACAGUGCCGCCGUAGCCAGAAAGACCAAUGGAGACGCGUACCCAGGAUUGGCAGGGGGGGGGGGGGGGGGUGCGCAGUCAUAGGUAUCGUAUAGAAAAAGCAUAGUAUUUGAAGAUUCCUUAAUAAGAAAUGACCCACUUUUGCCGCCAAGGGGAGGUGCGCGCGUACCCUGCGCCCUGUAUACGCGCUUUCAAUGUAAAUAUGCUCAAAAGAUUUCAUAGAUAGACUGCUAGCCUCUGCUAAGCCGUACUGGCUCCGAGUCUAUUCGUUGUAAAAGCCGACCCAGUGUACCUCCGAUUAGCACGCCAUAGGACCUUCCAUGUCCGAAAACAAACGCUCCCGAAAACUAAAAAAAGCCGGAUUCUUUUUGCUGAUCCUGGUAUUUGACAUUUACGCUGUUUCCUGAAUAAUGACUUCGCAAUUAAUGAGACCAUGCUAAUCGAGUAAAGAACUUUAGCCUUUAUUCUUCGUAAGCCAGAAUUAUCUUGCAAUUGCAAUAGAUAGGGUAUUCGCAAAGUACAAAGCGAUAAAGCUUUUUAUGAUAUAAAUUUGAAAAAAAAAAUGUUAAAGACUAAAAUGAGUAUUAAUGGAGGAUAGAGGAAGAACGUUUUAGGCCCCGGACAAACACUUUUCUUUCAUGUACCAUUUAAGUAAAAAUACAUUCAAAUGAAGAUGACAAUUGACUCCGUCCAUUUGUAUGCAUUUGGAACGGUACAUGAAAAGAACGGCGUUUACCCAAUGCCUUAUGGGAGAAACAACGUCAAAAUUAGCUAGCAUAUUUACGUCUGAAACGGAUGUUAGACUGAUAGCUACAUAUCACUGAAAAAAUAAACGAAUAAUGAGGAUUCUGCAGAUUUCCUGUCAUUAAGUGUAGCGUUAAUUUCUAUAAGGGAACGCUAAAAUAUUUAGCUGGCAUUAGAAUGAGCGAGAAAAGACUCAUUGGGCCGUUUGCAGAAACCUGUAAACAAAAGUCUUUCUGCUACAGAUCCGUUUAACAGAUAUUUGUACUACUUUUAUUUACAAUAUUUUUGCAAAAAUCAGCAAUAAUGGAAAAUAAAUAAAACCUAUUAUUAGGGGCUGGCCUGUAUUGGGCCAUAUAUAAAAAUAAUCAAAAUAACACUAAAAUAACAGAAAUAAAAUAGAAAUGAAGACAUGAAUUCAGUAGAAUAAAGAGUGUCCAUA